CAGGUCCUCCUGAACAGUUACACGUGAGAUGGAGCCCUUAUUGAGAAAGCAAGGGAUGCCUGUUCGGCUAAACAAAGGUGUGGUGGAACUUGUUUCAGAUUUUGUUGUGUGUGAAGAGGGAAAGCCUAUAUCACCCGAGUCAGCUCGCAUACUGCGUUUGUUGGGGAUCAAGAUGGCUACCUUCAAACUUCACCUAAUUUGCCGAUGGAGUCCAGAUGAUUUUGAACUUUAUAGAGAAGGACUUGAUGAAUCCGAUGUUGAAUCAGCAUAAUAGAAUGGUUUAGGUUCACGUACUAGUCAAGUUGAAUAUGCCUGGAAUGCUGAUGUGAUCUUUGUACUAUGAUUUCUUAGUUAUGUUGUGUCUGGGUUUUGGGUUGUGUCCACACACUAUUAGUAGAAGUUUUGAUAUCUUAUUUUGUGUGUGCGGCCAAUUAGGAUUAAUUUGCUUGAGUUGAUAAGUUUGGGUUGAAAGACUUUCCCUUUUCUUGGUAAAUAGUAGCUCUAUGACAAAAAAUGAUCGAUUCCACUUGAGGAAUUAUUAAAUUAUUUAA